AUGGAGAAUGACGGAGAGCCGACCUCACGGCGGGCUAGUCGACCCAUCAGAGGAAUGCUUGAUCAUUCUCCUACAGAAGAUAUAGGGUCAGUCCCAAGAUCGGCUGCUACAGAAGGCACAACGGCCCCAGGAGAGCUGGUGAAAGGUCGACGGAAGACGAGAGUCCCUCAACAGAAGUUGGAAUUAGCUACGCUGCCACACGUCCAAGAUAUACCCAAAUUGGCACGCGAGGAUGACGCCACUGACUCGUGCCAUGCUGCCACAAAGCACGUAAUCCCUCGGGUACCACAGCAGCUCCAAUCAGCCGCAGAGAUAAGCGAUGCUCACAAGGCCAUAGCUUCUACUCGGAGCGCUGGUACGGACGUUCAACGCAGAAAAGUUCCUAAAUUCAAAAGCAAUGCCCCACUUGCCAAGAAGGACCGGGGCAGAACGCAGCACAACAAUGGCAGUACAGAUGAUAAAGUUUUCACAGUGCAGAGUGAAGAAGUCCAAUCAGAAACCAAGUUUCGGCGUCUGACACUUUCACUGCCACGGAAACCGGAGUCUUGGGAGAAGCGAUCUGCCCGUAAAAAGUAUACGCUACACCUCAAGACUGAAGUGGACUGGAAUGAGGACCUACGGCCAACUGACGAUGAGGACUUGUGCCAUGCCAAUAGCAAUGACGAAGGGACAUCCGUGUCUACCCCAGAUCCUGAGCCCAUGUGCGAGAAUGAGCAGAAGGAGAGUCGUAAACGCAAAGGAUCAAACGCUCAAACAAGUUCCGGAAAACGUAAAAAACCUGCGAAACGUAUGGCUAACAACAAGAGGGAAAGCAGUCGACAGCCUCAAUUGCACUUGACUUCACUGAUUGCGGAGCCCACUAUGGAGUUGCAGCCAGAAGCAAUUGCCUCCAAUACAAAGACUGACCUGUUACCAGGUGGACAGUCCGAAGAUUUCUCGGCCGCCGGAAAGCCACACAAGAAUAGUCUGAGUGAACCAGCAACUCAGCAGCAUGAAAUUAUUGAAAUAACGAGCUCCCCAAUGGUAUCUGAAUCGACUAGCUCAGACUAUGGCAUUGACGUGCUCAGAGGACAAACUUACCGGGUGAUUGGAACAAGCUGUGAUGGCAGAGGUAAAUCUGUCGGCCAAAAGCUGGCCGAUGCUCUUCAUGGAGUACAGCUACAUUCCCAACUUCGGCCUGCUGUUGAAACCACUUUGCAUACUACUUACAAGGGACAUAUUGGGAGUGAUCGCCAAGAGGCUGCAAGUCCUUCUUCACGCAUGCCCACUACUGAUGGAUCUCAAGGCCAAUACCCGCAUUUACUGGACCAUGGCAUCGAACAGACACAAGCAAGCUUUGGUACUAGAGAACAACGUCAAGGAUUGGCAGGAGCCUUCCAACUGACCCACACGACAAAGUUACCCUCGGAGAUUGCGAAUCUCCAUAACGCUGAGGAAACCCAAACUUUUGCUAAGCCCCGAGGCUCAUUGAAUGACAGAGACUCUGUUAAUAUCAGAGUUGGCAGUGAUGGAAUCAAUGACCACAGUCCAACUCAAUAUUAUCUGCCACAGGACCAUGCGCAGGUUUCCCUCGAGACUGUCGAUGCGAUUAAAGAUCCCCGCCGAGGCAUCAUUCAGUCUCCCAGAGCUGUAUCCGAGCACGAUGCAGAUAGCUCAUCCCAAAGCCCACCGGAGAUAGGAACAAGAACUCUGCCAGCUAUGCUUUUCCGAAGCAGAAACAACAAAGCACAUCAUACCCCCGAAUCCCAGAAACCGCUUCUGAGACUGCAAACCCCCAUUCAUGCAAGGGUUUCGAUUUUGGGGGGGUUUAGGACAGCUCCAAAAAGCAGUAUCGUCGAUUCAAAGGGUAGCCCCCGGCUCAUGCCGCAGGUAAGCCUAGCGGCUGAUAAAGCUCAAUCGCCCCUGAAAGAUGUCCAGGCGCCGAGCGAUGUCGAAAUUCCUGACACCAGUUCCAGUAACUAUGACAAAGGUUCAGAUGGAUACUCUCUCGAUAGUGGAGAAGACGAAGUGACAUGGUCAAAAUAUCAGCGUGACAUGUUCAUGGAGUACGGCUUCCAAACAGCAUCAAUGAAAAAGAGCAGAGCUCAAUCGCCUCCACCCAAGAGGGAUUCUGAAAUUGACAAAAGCAACAAAGUCAUUGUCCAACAACUUACAAAAGAUCUACCUGUUGACCCAAUCUCAGCGUUUCUCAACCCACCUCUAGGUGCCUCAACACGUCAGUGUCACGCUCAUGGAGUCAAUCAAGACCGAACUGCAGAAGUUGCACCGGGCCCCAACCAGAUAUCUACAGCCGAACUCAGUGCAUACGCCGAUCAAGAUCCAAUAGCGCCUCUGUCUACAAAAAUGCUUAGGCCCUCUCAGUCAGCCCCUGAAGCCCAGCAAUUUUCUCAAUCGGGUGAGUCGAAUUUUCUAGACUGGAUCUCAACUCUGCGGGCUGCCCAAAAGAGUGCCCAUGACCUGCUUUUGGAAACAAACAAACGUUUGUCAAGUCAGCUUGCAGCAGAACAAGAAACGAUCCGCCAGGUUCUUCACAUCUAUCGGCAGGGAUGCAAUCGUAUCCUUGAUGAUCUUUUCCAAGCCCAGCAAGUCCGCAUGGGCCUCUACCAGCAACAGAUGACUGUGGUGAAGGAGCAACACCAUCAGAUCUGUCGAGAGUUAGUUCUGGGUCUACAGGAUCUGGAUCAUCGGGUCCAGGGCGAAUAG